CGUUCUGCUUUCCACCGUCAGUCUCUGGCCGCACCGUCAACUCUACGCUAGUUGUUGGUUGUUGGCUGUCAUUUCGUGUUGUAUUUCCUUUUCUCGUGUGUGUGUGUGUGUGUGUGUAAAGAUUUUUUGUGUGUUUCGGCGUGGCUUGGGCAUUGGAAUUCCAAUCAACUUUCGACACAUUUCCCUGUGUGAUUUCCAAAACGUUUUUCCUGCUCGUUGUCUGUGUGUUUUUAUGUUUUUGAUUGGACCAAGUGACGGCUUUCCCUCCUUCGAGCUAGCAACAAGAGUUUUGUUUCUUUAACUCGAGUGUGGUGGCUAGGCGUUUUCUAUUUCUUCCUCAGUGUGUGUGUCGCUUUUAUUAUUAACAAAAAAAGAGAUAUUAUAUUCUGCCAUUUUCUGGCCAUUUUGGGAAAACUCUGAUCUAGCACUUUGAGCUCACCAAAGUUUAUUUUUUCUCGUCAGCCGAGUAUCGAUCUGUUCUUCCAAGGGUGGGGUUUGAGCUUCAAGCCGGUGGGGGUUGGCAGCUACUACGCCCAGCGACUCUUUUAAACCCUCUGCUCAUCACCUUGCGAAAAAAGAAAAACGAAGCCAAAAUGACAGAUGUCAAACAACAUGUCGACUGCUAAAUAAGUAAUGAGCGACUCACGGAGUAAUAAUACAACGACGGCUGUGAUAUCAACAAAGUAAGUCCACUGCUGCCAUGGAGACGAUUGGCGUGAUUGAAGCAGUCCGCCCCCGAUUGGAACCCACAUCACGACCGCUGGCUGCACCUUUACCUGCUGUCCACCUCCACACACCUUCUCAGAGUCCCAUUUCCACUCCAAAGUUUGGCCACCAACGGAAUUUGAGUUUGGAUUUCCGCUCAAUGGGCAUCAUUCUUCCGCCGCUAUCUGCCACCAUUCAGCCCCACAACGGAUCGAGACAUCAGAGAAAUCGGAGUUUAGACUCUGUGCUACAAAAGAUUCCCGAAUCAGAGCCUGACGGACCUGUUUCGGUGGCUGCUGGAGACGGGCUUCACCAUCACCCGCACCACGGGUCGGUCGACCAGGCCAGUCUUCCUCAUCACGGCCAUCCGCCGCUGAAACCCUCGUUAUCCCUCUCGCUCGAUCCGUGCAGCAAUUUAUUUCGAUUCAAAGAAACCCGCAGAGAAAGGUUCGGCAACAUCUGUGGCAAAGCCGAGCCGGUUAUUCAAUCGACCGGUCGACUGCUGCUGGAUUCGGCUUCCUCCAGCCCUGUGCUGACUGCCCGCAAUCCCGAAUCACGAACUGGAGGAGGAGUGCUGGUGGCCGCCGAAGUGCCCAUCACGACCGCUAGUUCAUCGCCCAACUUUGAUCAAUCAAGUCUGGGCUCUGAUGAUUCCGGCAUUUGCUGCUCGGCCAGCGGAAGAGGAGACAAAUUGCGUCUGACGCGCAGCAGCGCCGAGUACCUGGAGGACGAUGACGCCAUGAUGCAAUUCGACGAAUCGAAAAGUCUCGAGUCGGACGAAAUGGAAUUCACGGCCGAAACUUCAGCCUCGUCGUCUCAUCCGGAGCCCGCCUUAGCGGAAGAAGAAGAAGCAACCACCAACGAUCAUUCAAAGAUCUCUACCACCACCGCCGUGCCAGGAGCCAGCGAAGAUGGCGCCGGAGGGAAGCAAUCUUUGCUGUUGCGUUGGUUCGAGUCGAAAUUGUUCGACAUGUCGUACGCCGUCAUGUACCUGUUCAACUCGAAAGAGUCUGGAGUCCAGACGUACAUUGGCAAUCGCGUGUUCAGCUACCCCAUACGCGACGUUGACUUUUAUCUACAGCAGCUCGUCAACAUGUACAUCCACAUGCACGACGUGGCCGAAGUCAUCCAUCCCUACCUGGUUCAUCGCUGUCGCGAAUCGGUGGAUUUCUCGCUCCAGUGCUCCUGGCUCCUGGAUGCCUAUUCCUCGGAUGCCUCGCUGCCCACUCAGAAGAAAUCGCACGGAACCAAGCUCAAAAACUUGAUUUUGUCGGAAGAACUGCGUCCGGUCGCCGUGGCGACCACCACCAAGCUGGCCAGCCGGACCAGCAAAUCGUCUCACUUGACAGUCAAAGUUGCCCCGCUGUCGACCAAGGCGAUUCAUCAGCACUCGCUGGAGAAGGAGAACGUGACCAACUUACCGCUUCAACUGGCCAAGAAAACGCAUCAGCGUUCGCGCAGCGACGCGACCGUCAUGAUGAAACUGGGCCAUCGGCGAACACCCUCGAGCGGCAGCACCAAGAACUGUAUCGGCGAUUUGCAAUCGGGCCGCGCCUUUGACAAUGGAUGCACUUGCUUCGAUAACGAAAGCGCCGAAUUCGCUCGCAAAACGGCCUGCAAUUGCUUGGCUCCCCGCCUCCUUCCACAGCUGGAAUUCAUCAAAGCGCUGAUCAAUAUUGGCAAGCGACUGGGCAAAGCGCAGCAAAGCAAAGAAGAGAAAACUAGUCGAUUGGUGGCUGAGUUACGGACGCUGAAUCUCAACCUGCCGGCCCGCGUCUGGCUGCCCAUUCAUGCCACCGAUGCUCCGCAUUUGGUGGUGCGCAUCCCACCCGAAUCGGCCGUCGUCCUCAAUUCCAAAGACAAAGCCCCUUAUCUGCUCUACGUUGAGGUUUUGUUGGUCGAGCAGACGCAAACUUGCUCCAUUCCGGCCAAAAUCAGUGCCACGGCAGCUGCUUCCUUGAGACACACGCGCUCCGAGGAGAACCUCCUCGAUCAUCAUCCCCUUCACCACCACUUGGCCGACUCUAGCGCCCUCAGCAGUCUCGCCCCUUCCAUGAAAGAGUCCAUGUCGGGCAUUCCGGUUACGGCCUUUCAGAUCUACGAUGAUCUGAGCGAUGCUUGGUCUCAAGAAGAUGACGAAAUCUCUGAUCAAUAUCUCCAUCUGAGAUUAUCUCACAAGGAUCGAGGUGAUACGCUCUCUCAAAUGAGCCAGGAUUCCAGUGAUUCUCGUGAACGGGAACCCAUUUUCAUUCAAGCAUCCGACAUUCGACGCCGAUUGACGGAUAGUCUCAACGCCCCCACUAAAUCCUUCCAGCGUGAUCCGGAAGAUCCGUCGGCCGCCGCCCUCAAAGAACCGUGGGAGGAGAAAGUGGCACGAAUUCGAGAAUCGUCGCCUUACGGCCAUCACAGCAAUUGGAAACUUUUGCCGGCCAUCGUCAAGUGUGGCGAUGAUUUACGCCAGGAGCUGUUGGCCUACCAGAUUCUACUUCAAUUGCAUCGAACCUGGGAAACGGAGCGUGUCCCUCUUUGGCUCAGACCUUAUCGGAUAUUGGUCUUGUCUAACGAUUCCGGAAUGAUUGAACCCAUCAUCAACACGGUUUCUCUGCACCAGAUCAAGAAACACAGUCGCAUGUCGUUGCUGGAAUACUUGCUCCGGGAGCACGGACCGACCAAUUCGGAGGCUUUCCUGACGGCCCAGCGACACUUUGUCGAGAGUUUGGCCGCCUACAGUUUAGUCUGCUACCUCGUCCAGGUCAAAGACAGACACAACGGCAACAUCCUCUUGGACACGGAGGGUCACGUCAUCCACAUCGACUUUGGUUUCAUGCUGUCGACGUCGCCCAAGAACCUGGGCUUCGAGAAUUCGCCGUUCAAGUUGACGCAGGAAUUUGUCGACGUCAUGGGCGGCCAGGGCUCUGACAUGUUUGAAUAUUUCAAGAUUUUGAUGCUGCAGGGUUUGGUGGCGGCGCGCAAGCACUCUGACAAGAUCGUCUCGUUGGUGGAGAUAAUGCGUUCGGGAUCGCAGUUACCUUGCUUCAAAGCUGGAGCGGCCACCGUGUCGGCCCUCAAGAGCCGAUUCCAUUUGGGAUUGACGGAGGAAGAGCUCCAGCUCAAGGUCGACCAUAUGGUCGAGACUUCCAUGCACUCGCUCACCACCCGGCUCUACGACGGCUUUCAAUAUUUCACCAAUGGAAUUCUCUAAUUCAUUCAAAAAAGGGCCCCGUAAUUUUCCCAAAUGUGGAACUCGCCUACGAAAAAAACAAAAAAAUGUUGCAACGCUGGGGACCAUCUUCAUGUUGUCUCUAAAUCGAUAAAAAGAAAAAAAGUUUAAAACGGCUACCAGGGGAGGAUAUUAGUUGUUAGUUCUAUCGCUGGCGUUUCUUCAAAACGAUUGAUUUCACGAUUAAUGAACCAUUUCCUUUUUUUUUAUUGCUUGGUUUUCUCUUCCUCCCCGAUUUUCUUGCACGUCUCAUUUGUGUCGUCGUCCUCGCGGUCACGUUGUGCUCAAUUUUUUUGGAAGGGGAGUGGUUAAUUCUAACCCAAACUGCGAGAUUCAGUCAAAUGAAGAAACAACUAAAAAAAAAAAAAAAAGAAACGUGAAUUCCACGUCACAUGAAAUGCGGAUCAAAUCACUCUUGGCGGCGGCGUUGGCAAAAGUUCCCAAUUUCAUUCGUCCUUUCAACAUUAACCAACGAUUUGGCUUGUUGUGUGUGCGUGUGUCUGUAGAUAAGGUUUUUUUUUCGUGCCGAGGUUUAUCGGCCCCGUGUUCCUCUUCCGUUAUGAUCCUAUGCUGCCUUCUCUUUCAAUUUCUUUCGCUUGCUCUCCCAACUGUCAUUUUUUUUUUAACUUAAUAUCAUUAUUAUUAUUAAUUUUUUUUUUCUGGGGUGGGUUGUUUUUCAAAAUGGGGGAAAUGGGCCACCGUCGUUUGAAACGUUUGCAACACCUUGUUGGCCUGUGAUGAUUACAAUUUCAGACAAACAAUGCAAUUAGAAAUAUUCUGUAAUUUUUUUUGUUCCCCCCAUUUAAAUAACCCAACCGGCUGCUUGCCCGGCAUUAUAUAAUGAAGCAGGAAUUUGUAAUAAAACGUCGAUUCGGAUCUAGCACGUCCGAUCGUGGUCAACAUCCGAGAUGGAAUAUCAACGGCGCUUAAUUAGCGCAUAAUUAUCAUAACGGCCAAUUUGUACCGUUGUUGCACUUAUUCUGAUAUGAGUAUUUUUUAUUCAAACAUGCGUUUGGCUAUUUUUUCCCAUUUUGUGUUGAUUCUUCUUUUCUUGAGAGUGGUUUUUUUUCUCGUACGUUAUUUCAAUUCCCUUUUUCGUCCGAUCGCUUGCCCUUCGUUUCCCGUCAUUGUCGCUACCUCUUUUUCGACUGUAUAUUUUCAUUCGCAUGGAUCGAAGUUGAGCUGGGAAAUGGUUGAAAUACAAGUGCCAAUAUUUCAAUGAA